CAAGAAAACCAUGUUAAAGCCACAUUAAAUAUAACAGCAACACUCAAUGCAGAACUCAUUGUCUUGCCUAGUCCUAACAGUAGAUACAUGCACACACAGACAUAGCAUAUCAUUGUUGUCCUGACUGUAUUGACAGUCCAGCAUUAAGAUGACGUCCUCAUGGUGAUUUGUUGGGUUAUUUUAGCAAUGCUGGCACCCUCAGUUUGACAGUCCAACAUUCACAAGAUUUUUUUUCAAAUUCAAGGAAAGCACAAAUGGAGCAAAAUACCUGUAUAAAUAUAACAGGUACAAUAAAUGUAGAGCUCAUUGUCUUGCUACAGAACUGUCUGUGAUUUUUGGUGAAGUUUGGUCAGAGCCUUUUCUCAAGAAGUUUCAGUUCCUCAGAGAGAUUCAUAAUUCAUGGCUUUUUUUUAACAGACCUUUUAUCUUUUUACAACUGGCCUUUAAUGAAGCAGCACACUUCCUCUUUCAAAGGGGAACAUCUGACUUAUAAUUUGUGUAUUCACUAUAUAGUUAUUUUUAAAGCUGUGGUGUGAAAAGUACACCCGCUUUCAAUUCUAUGGUUUUACUCAAUAGGACAUAACUUUUAUAUAACUUUUAUUACAUAACCCUUUUCUAGUCUUCACCAUUACGCAUACAUGCUCGGUUUUGACAUCUUUUUUCAACCUCAAAAUAUGCCAACAUGCAAAAGCCAUGUGUGAAGCUUACUGCUUCCAUAUCAAUUAAGAUGGUAAUUUGAACCUGGUGCUGAUGAUCAAGUGUACAUUUAUCAGAAGCACUUGCACCUGUAUAUAAAAGCAGAAACUUUGACAAUUUCAUCUUGAACAUUAAGGUUUGUGCCAACACAGAAUGGCAAGGACAAGGUUGGUUCAAAAAGUAACAAACAACUAGACAAUUCCUGCAGAAAUUGUGAAGUGUGGUUGCCGCCAACGCAACGUCGACUUUGUGCUGAACAGAGCGAACAGUUUCUGUAGUAUAAGCAGAGACAGAGUAUUGUGUACAUGCUAUAACAUCACGGCAACGAGUUUAUUUGCGACACAUAUAUUCAGAGCUAAUUGAUCCUUUCAUCAAAACUUGAGAUCUCAGUGUUUUACUCGUGGUAUGCGGUGACGAGUGACGGCGAAUCAUAAAGCUAGCUGGCAUGUUCAGAGGGUCUUGGAAAAACCCUAUAUCUACACUGUGUGAUCGCACCAUUUUAAAAAAAGCAAGACGGGGCUAGGGAGAUUAAUUUGAUUGACUUAUGGUUUUGCGUGAAUUUCAGCUCAUUUUUACCACACAACUAAAAACAUUUAAUUGGGCUGUAAUUCAGAGUCUAAUCUGUUAUCUCUGAGACCAACUCAUAGACAGAGUAGCCUAUUACGUGUUAGCCAAGCCGAAUUUCCAAGAACGAAAAUGAGGCGAGAAAUAUGUGUUAAAAUAGUUGCAUUUUAACUCAUUUAAAUACAGCAUCUGUGAAUAAGUAUCGGUAGGCAGCACUACUAGCCUCUGUUGUAACGAGGGGUGCAUCAACAGGCAAGUGGAGAUGUGUACUGUAGCAAACGCGUUGGGGUGAGAAAGCAUUGCUUUCAAUGCUAUCACAGACUGAAGGCGUAAUGCAGUUAUAAUGAGACCAAACUUCCCAUACGAGGGGAUAUAAAACGGUAUUACAAAAGUAAAAAUUUGACAUAUUAUACACAGUUAGAAAGCUUAUUCUGUCACCUAUUGGAUCGAUCAAGUGAUCAAGCCAGAUUGUACUACAAAGUUCGAGAACACCCAAAGCAACAUGUGUGGUAUUACAAGAUGACAUCGUUUUCUGGAGUAAGACCGGACCAGAAGCUGCUGCACACGUGUUGUUGACAGCAUUGUUGCCCUUUUUAGUACAGUCUGGCUUGAUUGAGAAUUCAUCUAUUCAGUAGGUGAGAGUAUAAGCUUUCUAACCAUGUAUAACACGUCUAUUUCUGGUUUUGGAAUAUCGGUUUUAGAUCAAUCGAAAGUUUUCUCAUCAUCGCAUUAAAUGCAUUCGCUCUUUGUUAGCACUAGCAUUCAAAGACGCUGCACUUGACUAAAAGUCGUCAACGAAUUUGCGUAAUAUAUUGUGAAAUACUAUUAUUAUUGAGGACUUCUGGGUAUGCCUAAGCCAUAUGUUUGUUGAUAUACCUAGCUGACAGCGUUUUCAUUUUUAAUUUUGCAUUUGGAAUGCCGUUUUAUCGCGUUCACUUCCGCAUUCAGCUAUAUCCUUUCUGGUGGCUGGUGAGAACGUAGUGUGCUUAGCCGACCAAUGCUGUAACUUCACCGCUCACAUAUGUAUGACGUCACGUUCCCCAUUCAUCUCUAUGGGAAAAAAUUGGCCAUAAAAAGUCAUAUUUAUCAAACACUGUGCAGCGAAACUUUCCACAAAGUAAUAGCACACGAUUCCCAAAGAAGCCGGUCAAUUUGACAUAUGGCACAUGUGUAUGUGGUGUGAAAACUCUGGGAGGAGUAGCGGUCCAAAAAAUGGGUGGAAAGAAAGAAUAAUAAUAAUAUGUGGGAUAAUAGUAGUGUGAUUGCCUAAGGCAACCACACUAAAUAGCAAACACAGGAAUAACAUAGCAUGUGGAGACCCCAGUCGACGCGAAACAAGUGUUCGAACAGCCCAAGUUGCGCCAUAUUUCUUUUGUAUUAGUAAAUCUGGGCACUGAUCUCAUGCCAGUGUAUAAUAUAUCCCCAGGGUCUGAGCAAGAGCAUCAUAUAAUCACGUGUUUAUACAGGACAGUUGCUAAAGUCAUAAAACAGUCUAAAGAUCAUGGUGAUAUCAUACCACUAGAAGAAUCACUGCACACGAAUAUCUCGCUGGUAAUUUCCUUCUACCCUGCUCUCCAGCACACGGGUCUGUCUUUUCAUCCCUCAGCUGUGAUACUUCAUGAAAGACAUUGAGGACUGACUACACUGUUUACAAUGAAGAGUAUUCUGAAAGACAAAAACAUCAAGGACCCCCGCAUGCGGGUGAAUGUGGAGACCGCUGGCCAAAGCCACUCCAUUGGGGCCGUGCGCUGGACACUCCUGGAGGAUGACCUACAGGCACACAGCAGCGUCCCCAGCACCAGCAGCUCUGCCUCUAAGACUAAGGAUCUGAGAGACCUGCGCAAUCUGCAGGAGUGUGUUCAGUUCAUUCAUCAGUGGAAGAAGGAGGUGGACCAGCUUUGCAAGCCUGGCAGUAACACAGGAAAAGGCAGUAAGAAGGCAGAGAAAACAGACCCUCAUACUGAGCACAGCAAGGAGGACUGCCGAAAACUCAUCCUGAAGUGGGCAGACGAGCUCAACAAUGUGGACAUGCUGUUUCAGCAGAGUCCAUGGAGACAGGAGACCGUUGCAGCAGAGGAGCAGGAGAGCAAGGCUGAGGGCAUGGACCCCAACCAACAGGGGCAACUGAGGAUCAUGGAGUGGGCCAAAGAGUUACAGAGCCUAUCCAAGGUCAACGGUGUGACAAGGGAGGAUCUGGGUCUGAUGCUGCACCAGCUAGAAGUGAGAAAGAGGAAACUGGCAAACCUUCUUCCCUUCCUGGAGUUCAUCACAUGGUCCUUGCUGAAGGAUGACAAUAAGGGUGUUGUACCCCAGCUAUGGUUGUUAACAAAGCAGCGCUCAUGGAAAUUAGGAAUGCCAAAAUACAUCCCAAAUUCAGUCUGGUGCUGGAUCUACAGCGCCAAAGCGAAUGUAACUCUGGACCCCAUGACCAACCACCCCUGGCUGUUGCUCUCUGAUGACUGUAAGAAGGUCCAGGAGGCCCUGGCCGAGGCAGAGGUGACCUACAGCAAGCAACGCUUCGACAGCUGGCCAUGCGUCCUUGGCUGGGAGGGCUACUCCAGCGGCCGGCACUACUGGGAAGUAGACCUGGCCAACAACGGCUACUGGAGGGUGGGGCUAACCACAGGGUCCUCCAAGAGGCAAGGUCGCUUUCCCAUGAUCCCCAGCGAGGGCUACUGGACCCUGUGGCGAAGCACUCGUCAGUUCUAUGCCUGCACCAAGCCUGAGACCCCACUCCCCCUGAAUCAGGUGUCACGUAAGUUGGGAGUUUACCUGGACUACGAGGAGGGCCAGAUAUCCUUCUACAACAUGGAUGACAAGUCGCACAUCUUUACGUUCACUGACAACUUCCGCGAGAAGCUCUAUCCGCUCUUCGCCCCGCUGGAUGGGCGUACCCUCAUCACGGUCUCUUCACCCAGUUUGGAUCGCUCUCUCUCAUAACCCAAUGGCCUGAAGCCCAUAACCCCACAACCUCUCAUGUUGUGUCUUGAUGCACCCCUCCCUCUGGCUCCAUGUAAAACCAAAGAAAAGGAGCAGCCAUGACAUUUCAGAAAUCAUGAUUUCAUAUGAGCAAACAAAAAAUAAUGGCAACCUUUCAGUCAACCUAUUUUCGUCAGGCUGUGUAAGAAUGGAAAUGUACUCUUGCAUCAUAUUCACAUUAGCAUUCAUUUAAGCAACUGGUUAUAAUGAUUUUUAAUUAGUGGUGCAUGCAACUUCAAGGAAACUCCCUUGCUGAACCAGGCAGCAGUGCAAAUGUGUGCAACAGUGAGAUGUAUGUCAUGUGGUCAGAGGGUACAGUCACACCCAGAGAGAGGCGGUGCACAUCUAUUCAUGUGCGUAAUCACCAGAGAACAAGGUUUAAGGUUGUGAAACCCCCACCUAAAUUUAAAUUCUUUUGCACUAAAAACAUUCCUACCCUCUAUCAGUAUGCCUAGCAGAAGGCACAGCAAAGUGAAAGUGUAAUGUUCUCGCGCUAUCAUAGUUUCAAACACAAGCCACAUUACCAAACACUGUCUCGAUGCAAAGAACAGGCGUAGGUGCAUUUUGAUCCUUAACCAUGGGGCCAUUGUUAACUUUAUUCAUGCAGUGGAUGGGGUUUGGGUUUUCCCCUACAGGGUGGAAUGUGAUGGGGUUUGGGUUGGAAUUGGGAUUAUAAUCGCCGUUUACAAGGCCUUUGUUCAAUGUUUUCCUAUUACCUGUAACUUUCAUAUGCCAUCAAACAAUUACUAUGACUCAGUGCACAGAUCGGCAUAGUAGUUAGCACUGUUGCCUUGCAAGAAGGGUAUAAGUUUCGGCUGGCCGAAUCCAUCUGUGUGGAGUUUGCAUGUUUGCAUGUGAUUCUGCCAGAUACUAUGGUUUUCUCCCACACCAAAUGACAUGGAUGUCAGGAUAGGUAUACUCCUGCCAUUGCUCUUGUCCAAAGCACUGGCCUCAGAACUGGAGUUGGUCCCAGACCACUGCACUGUGGCUGCCCACUGCUCCUAAGUACUGGGUUCAAUGCAGAGGACAAAUUACCCCAUGGGGUUAAAUAAUGUAUUGUCUUACUGCAAAGCAGGUGAUGUGCGAACGACGCCAGCGCCAAUUCUGCAUACUCCAGCCUAAUCUGGAUUCAAUCCUGGACCGUGGAGGGUCAUCCACGCACGAGAAUGAGAACUCUGAGUACUCUGAAACCCAAACCAAGUAAAACCAAUGGUCUGUGAUAGUACUAGAGGAAAUUACCUGUUUCUAAUGGGAGACCAAGAUUGUGAUUCACUGCAGUCAGCAAAGGUCCCUCAGCAGUUAACUGAGGUGGAAAGGAUGCCCUUCUACCCUGGUAAAAUUCCAAAUACUGCUGGUUUGCCUUCCAAAUAAAAUCUCUCCCUUUAUAGCUGAUUGUACAUGCAAUCAUUUUCAAUCCCCACUUCUUGUUAAAACAGAGUACAGAGCAAAACUAAAGCUCUACGACUAUAGAGCAAAACUAAAAUAAAUAAAAGGAAUACAUCGUCUCUGAGAUCAUUA